AGGAGGCUUGGAGUGGAAUCCUGUGGGCCGGAGGCCGGAUCCUGCCGUGGAGGCUGGGACGGCCAGUUGCCACAUGCCAGGGCUAAAUGUUACGUCGUGGCUUGGCCCUUUACCUGGGUUCCAACCUUACGGGCAAAAGAGGACAACGCUGGGCCGGUUCCCGCAAUCUGAGCCCUGGGGAACUCUGGGAAGCCGCGCGCGCCCCGCCUCCCCACGCGCUCUCCUCCCCCCGCUGUGCAGCCCUCUGCUGCCCCCUGCCGUCGCGAAAUAGACCUUGCAACCCGGGCCGUCACUGCCACCGCACCGCCCGCCUCCAGAUUUGCAACUCGAGAAGUCUCCGGGCAGGCCGCCUUCCACCACUGGAUUGGCUGCACCCGAGCGCUGAGGCCCCGCCCAUCUCCCCGGGUCCUUUGAUCACGCGCCUGCUGGCUCUUCCGGGGCCCGGGAGCCAACGGAGGGCGUUCCUGCUCCGGCUGCAGCGGCGGGAGGUAAGGGAGCCCAGUGGAGGCGCCCUCCCGAGGCACCGCUGCCCAUGCUGACUACCUGGCUCUCCAGCGGCCGAUGCCAUGAGUAACACCACAGUGCCCAGUGCCCCCCAGACCAACAGUGACUCCAUGGUGGGCUAUGUGUUGGGGCCUUUCCUCCUCAUCACCCUGGUCGGGGCAGUGGUGGCUGUGAUAAUGUAUGUCCAGAAGAAAAAGCGGGUGGACCGACUUCGCCAUCACCUGCUGCCCAUGUACAGCUAUGACCCUGCAGAGGAGCUGCACGAGGCUGAGCAGGAGCUGCUCUCUGAUGUGGGAGACCCCAAGGUGGUACACAGCUGGCAGAGUGGCUACCAGCACAAGCGGAUACCCUUGCUGGAUGUCAAGACGUGACCAGACCCCCUUGCCCUGGUCUUCAGAACCAUGGGAUUCUGGACUGCCCAGGGCCCUGUGGCCUGCUGCUUCCCUCCCGCUGCUCUCACCCAGCUUCUCUUCUGGGUACUGGGUCUCCCAUCCCUCUUUCCACCCAUCCCCAGAAGCUCCCUUCUCCUAGGCUCCUGCAUAGCAGCCAGCCUCCAACAUCAAAGCACCCCCCCACACACACCCUGGACCUUCAGCUUUGUGGAGUGAACCUACCUACACAGUCCCAGGCACAGGACAGGGGAAGGUGGCUGGGAGAUGGACCUUUCCCUUUCUGCAGUCCCCUUUCUUAGCCCCUACUCCCCCACUCACUUUGCUUCAGAGCUGUUCCCACGGUGACAGGGCCUGAUGUACAGUAUUCAGUAUACAUAUUUUAUAAAUAAAAUGUUUUGUGGCUA